AUGAGCGCCCAGAGUGCGGUGGGCGCGUGCCUCGGACUAGAUUCCGACACGCUCUACGCGCUCUACGCGCCCGACAGCGGCACAGCAGGGGCGAGCCUCGCUGAGGAGGGCGCGGGGUCGAUGAUGCCCCUCCGCUCCAUGCUCGGCGGCACGCUGGGCGGGGCGGUGCUCUUUGCCGUCGCCGCCGGGCUCACGGGAUCUGGUUACGUGUUGAAAAAGCCUGGCUUUUAA